UAUUUAAUUAAACCUGAAUGUCCAAAAUUGAAUACAUUUGGAACUCUAGGGUUACAAUGGAACAAAUUUGAUGAUACUGCAUUGAAGCGCAUUUCACUCACUCCCUUCAAUGGCUUCUUCUCAUUGCACUCGACGUCUUUUCUCCCUUUCUUCCUUCAAAUCAGCUCUCAGACCCACCACAAACCAUUCUCCUCUUCUCAACGCUUCUCCUUCAAUAACCCCUCACCGUCAAUUCUCACCCUUUAUCAGAAAUUGUGCAUACCAGCUUGGGAGUGUGCAAUCUCUUUUGCCUCUACAUAAUACAGUAGCAACUUGUAGAAUGGUAUCCAAUCUAAGCAUUGAUUCAAGGAAUUGUCAUGAUGUUUCACAGGUUACUCUUUCUUGCAACCAUCCUGGACCCUAGCCUUUCUUACCACUAUCAAACGGGAGUUGUUGUUGUUGUUUUCCUUGUAAAAUCAAAUGAAAAAUAGGAUUUUUGUUGAUGGAGUUUGGAGAAGUCAUAAAAUCAAUCCAAUAACAUUGGAAGAGAGAGAACAAUUAUGUUGAUUUAGGGUUGAGUUUUGAAGUUUGUGUAUUAUUAUGAGCUUAGCCUCAAAUCAGAUUCUGAAAUAGAAUUCAAUUUUUUUCA